AUGUCUAUCGCGACGCCCAUCAACCUAGUCUUAGUCUCGCUCUUCGGAGUCUUGGUGUACUGGCACUUCCGUCCCAGGGCGCCCAUCACUCUCCCCCGUGCGCCGCCGCCAACUGUCUUUAAGACCUACAUUCCCAAAACUCUUAUUGAGUUCAACGGCGAGGAAGGCCGCCCCGUUUACUUGUCUGUCCGCGGGCGCGUCUUCGACGUCACUCCUGGCAGGAACUUCUAUGGACCGGGCGGACCUUACGAGAACUUCGCUGGCCGGGACGCGUCGCGCGGCUUGGCUUUCCAGAGCUUCGAUGAGGAAAUGCUGACCACGGAUCUGUCGGCGCCGUUGGAUGAUUUGAAGGAUUUGGAUGCGGAUCAGCUGGAGAACCUGCAGUCCUGGGAAGACCGCUUCAUGGAGAAGUACUUGGUCGUUGGAAAGCUGGUGGCUGAGGGUGACCCCGAAGCUCCUAAAUCGUGA